UUGUACAUCACAAAAUCAGAAAAACCUCUCAAAGUCAUCUGCUAAGCACAAAAAAUGGUGAUGAUUAGGCUCUCUAUCCUACUCAUCUUCGUCUUUUCGCUUGUUAACGCAAUGCACCCGGCCGUUCAUCGGCGUUCACAUGCUAGGGCAUUUGUUGAGUUACAGUGUCGAGCCACACGCUACCCUGAACUAUGUGUACGUUGUCUUUUCAAUCUCAUCACCAACUCGAAUGUGACACAAUUAAAUAAUCAGAGAUUAGCCCAAAUUGCCUUGAGGGUGAGCCUAGCUAGGGCUCAAUCGACUAGGGUUUACGUCACUGAAGUGGCCAAACUAUUCAAGAAAUCAAAGGCCAAGGGUUAUCAACAAGUCAAAGAUUGUUUGGAUCAAAUAAAUGACGGCGUAGAUCAAAUCUCUAAUUCUAUCAAAGAGUUGCAGCAAAUGAAUGAAGAUGGUGAAAGUGAGUUUCCUUGGCAUGCAAGCAAUGUCCAGACAUGGAUGAGUGCCGCUGUAACUGAUGCAAGCUCUUGUCUCGAUGGGUUUUCCGGCAGGUCGAUCGGCAGCAAGAUGAAGGCCAUGAUCAAAGCCAAGGUCCUUAAUCUUGUUCAGGUUAAUAGCAAUGCUCUAGCCUUGUUCAACAGAUUUGCUGCAAGAUAUAGAGCUUCUCAUGUCACCAAACCAAAAGUCUAGGGUGUUUUGAGCAUAAAAUUAUAUGUUCGUUUGUGUUUGUGAAUUCACAUGUA